CCUUUUUGUCAGCCACAAUCGGCCUUUGACUGCCAGCGCACCUAAAAAAUAACACGUGGGUGCUCUAAAAGAAUGCAAAACCUUAACUGCAUGCAUAUUUUUAACAUUUUGCCCAAAUUUUUAAAAAUGCGAGUUACCUCACACAUAUCUGUGGAAAAACAUUGUGUGGGGUGUACGCAAAAUGACCGCCACGGCACAACACGUACCAAAGACAAAAUAAAAACUCUUAACACAAAAGGAGAAUCACGCAGGUUAAUUUUUCAAAAAUCAGAAGAGAGUAACAUUUAUCAAUUCAAACCCAAUUAUGUGUGUGUAAAUAGUAUCUUGCGCUUUCUACCUGUGCUCAAAAUGGAUGCCACUGUGAUGAAAAGAGACAUAUGGUACAGUUCAGGUGUGGUUUUGGCCUGCGGAAAUACAAAGAGAAAUGUCAGGAUCGCCCUUGGAUUGUCUUGCCACCAGUCCACGGUAUACCGCCACGACUCUAAUGACAUCAAGCGGUAUUAAAUAUGGAUUAAGUUUGAGUUAAGUAUCUUACGCAUUCAGCCGCAGUGAAUGUCAGGAUGACACAGCACACCCCGUGCCCAAACGAUAGCAGUCCAAAUGCGUGACAGGACGCCCACAAACCCUGAGGGACUACUUCUAUAAGUGUCAAGACCACCGAAAAGCCUGUGGAAAGAGUUGGGAGUGCUUUCAAGUAUGCCGCUUUUCUCACAAAUGAGGAAAAGUGUUUUAGAAAAUGAAUGAAUAGAGGAACUUUAACAGCAGAUCUAUUGUACCUGAUAUAGCAUAAUGGCUAAUGAUAGGAAUGAACGUAUUCAAAGAAGUUGAUGCUGAAGUUGAUGUUUAUUUGUUGAACUUAAGAGGUUCUACUAUAAUUGGGGUUUACCUGAGGCGAUGAGGGACAGGCUGAUAGAAGCGGUCAAGCUGUUCAGUAAGGGCUGCCUGCAAUAUCUUGCCGACGUGGGCCUUUUAAAAUCAAACAGACACCAUUUAAAUAUCAAAUCUUUGGCAAAAGGCUUUCAAUUGUUGAGCUACCUUGCUAUGACAUACAGCUGAGGGACCAGCACGAGAGCCAUGAACACCACGUUGACAAUUUGGCUGCCGAAAAGAAACACAGUGAAGAACAGACAAAAAUGGGGGCGGACAAACAUGCACGUACAACUUGAGCCUCUGAUUCCUGGGUAUCCAUCUGCUACUGCGGUACGCAACCAGGAUCAGCAAGUAGAGAAACAUUGCAGCAGUUGCCCAUAAUGUGAAAGCCGGGAGGAUUGUGUUGCACUCAGCAAUACGAUCCUUCCGUCGGCGCAGACGCUACUGUCACUUAGCAACAUGGAAUUUAGAACGUUUGCCUAUCACAAAAGUCUUAAGAAGCCAUAUCUGAAAAGGCACAAGAAGUCUAGUUUGGUUUCAAGCAAGCCAUUUUGGUCUAAUUUGGACACUUUCCAGACGUCCUCCAAAAAACAAACUUGUCCUUGAGAUGGUGUCCAACUGAUACUACAUUUGGACCACACAUAGAACACAGGUGUCUGAUGCUAAAUUACAAAUCAUUUUUUAUGGCGCGUACAUAGGUGGAGCACGGAAGCAAAGGUUCAUGACUGACCAUAAAACACUAAUAACUUUACUCCAAAUUUCAGCCCCUGAAGUCAGUUUUUCCAAAUGUGAACAGAGGAAUGGAUUGUGUUGCACACAACCUCCCAGCAGCUCAUGUUCUGCACGGCGGAUUUGAUUUUAAAGAUAGGGCCUUAGGUUUUGGUCUCUUAGCCAGCCAUGGCGUCGCACUGUAAGGACCACUUCUUCCGCAAGGACAAUCCCAACAACAGGAAGCGCUGUGUUGGCUAAUAUGUGUAAAAGGUCCCGUACGUACCACCCCUCCGGUGCUAUCACCUCUGGCCUAUAUUGACACACAAUGAAACAUACAGUAGCAACGCAGAGCUGUUAAAAACCCACUGGCUUCUGAUUGUGGAGCCACAAGAAUGUCCGAGAUGGCGGUCAACUACACGGGGACUUGGGACAUGGUCAGCAAUGUCAACUUUGAGGGAUACAUGAUUGCUCUUGGCAUAGAUUUUGCAACUCGCAAAGUGGCGGCCUUGCUGAAGCCUCAGAAAGUGAUCAAGCAAGAGGGCAAUCACUUCAACAUUCGAACCCUCACCAACUUCAGGAACUAUGAAAUUGCAUUUAAGGUCGGGGUGGAGUACAAAGAUGAGACUAAGGGAAUGGAUAACCGCAUAUGCCAGAGUGUGGUCAACUGGGAAAAUGACAAGCUGGUGUGUGUUCAGCGUGGAGAAAAAAGGAACAGAGGCUGGACUCAUUGGAUUCAGGAAAAUGAACUUCAUUUGGAACUUACCUGUGAAGAUCAAGUCUGCAAGCAAGUUUACAAAAGGGCACUCUGAGUUUGACAUCUGAAACGUAUUGCAUCCAAUUAAAAUUGCCAUCAGUUAGUUUUCUAAAGCUUUUUUUUUUUUUUUUUUUUUUACUUAAGUUAAAGUUAAAGUCCCAAUGAUCUUCACACACACAUCUGGGUGUGGUGAAAUUUGUCCUCUGCAUUUAACCCAUCCCCGUGUGAUUCUAAUCCAUCCCCUGGGAGAGAGGGGAGCAGUGAGCAGCAGCAGUGCCGUGUUCGGGAAUCAUUUGGUGAUCUAACCCCCCAAUUCCAACCCUUAAUGCUGAGUGCCAAGCAGGGAGGUAAUGGGUCCCAUUUGUAUAGUCUUUGGUAUGACCCGGGUUUGAAUCCACAACCUUCCAGUCUCAGGGCAGACACUCUACCACUAGGCCACUGAGCUAGUACACAAGUAGUCUGGAAAUAGAAUAUAGGAAGAACUUUCCCGAGAACAAUUCUUCCUGUAACCCUAAUAAAUGUCGAUUUGUUUCUUGGGAUUGUAGUACAAACUCCCAACACAUGGUGGUACCGUUGCAAAUAUUAAAAGAAAGGUCAUGUCAUGA